AUGGCGCCAUUUGAGGCAUUGUAUGGAAAGAAGUGCCGUUCUCCGAUUCAUUGGAGCGAGGUGGGCGAGAGAGUUGCUCUCGGCCCCAAUGUAGUGCGGGAGGCAGAGGAAAAAGUUAGCCUUGCCCGUCAGCGUCUAGCGACGGCACAAUCAAGGCAAAAGAGUUAUGCCGACAAGCGCAGAAGAGAAUUAGAGUUCGUGGUUGGAGACCGUGUAUUUGUGAAGGUAUCGCCUAUGCGAGGUGUAAGGCAUUUUGGGGUCCGCGGGAAGUUAAGUCCCCGAUAUGUCGGACCGUUCGAGGUAUUAGAGCGCAUUGACGCGGUGGUGUACAAGGUUGCAUUGCCACCGAGACUCGCGAGACUUCACGAUGUAUUUCACGUGUCGAACCUCCGAAAGUAUAUUCGCAACUCAACACAUGUGCUAGAGUAUGAGCCCGUGGAGUUGCGCGAAGACAUGUCGUAUGAGAAGUACCCGGUGUGCGUCCUCAAUAGAGAAGAAAGGAAAUUGCGGAGUUGCACAAUUUCGUAUGUAAAGGUCCAGUAA